CAGCUCCAACAACAGCUCCGCCAUGAAGGUCCUGCUGGUACUACUCGUCGCCGUCGUCGCUGUGGCCGUGGCUAGACCAGGCUACCUGGGCGCUGCGCACGGUGUAGUCCCUGCCGCCCACGCAGUGGUGGCCGCGCCCCACGCCGUCGUCACCGCCCACGGCGUCCACCCGGGCCUGGCCGCCUACGGCCCGGCGCACAUCGCCGUCGGCCCCGGCGGCUACGUGCAGGACACCCACGAGGUGGCCGCCACCAGGGCCGCCCACCUGACCGCCGUCGCCCAGACGCAGGCCCGCGACGCCCACCUCAACGGCGCCGCCGCGCACGCCGCGGCCGCCGCCCACGCCGCCGCGGCUGGCCACGCCGCCCCCUUGGUCGCCGCCCACGCCGCCCCCUUGGUCACCGCCCACGCCGCCGCUGUGGCCGCCGCCCACGCCGCUCCCCUCGUCGCCGUCGCAGCGCCCACCCUGCCCGCAGCACACGGUCUUCUGGGGGCGCAUGGUGCCGCCCUCGCUCACGGACACCAUUGGUGAAGUGUACCAGUAGUUUAACUUAAUUGAUGUAUCGUCACGUCAUGCCAACUUCAUCUACCUGUCAAGAAGUUGCUAAAAGUGGCGAUGAUGUGCUUUACAUUUUCAUUAAUCACAAAUAAAGCUGUUCUUUAAAGUC